CUUUCUUGCCUUUCCACCUAGAAGUAUAGAUACCAAGAUGAGGACGCUCCACAUGAUCAUUCCUUACCUCGACUGACCCACGAAGUGAGAGGCCCUGAGCUCGUGCACGUGUCAGAAAAGAACCUGUCGCAGAUAGAAAAUGUCCAUGGCUACGUCUUGCAGUCCCACAUCUCUCCUCUGAAGGCCAGCCCUGCUCCUAUAAUUGUCAACACUGAUACGUUGGACACGAUUCCCUAUGUCAAUGGGACAGAAAUUGAAUAUGAGUUUGAAGAAAUUACUUUGGAGAGGGGGAAUUCUGGCCUGGGAUUCAGUAUUGCUGGAGGGACAGAUAAUCCCCAUAUUGGAGAUGACCCUGGCAUAUUUAUUACGAAGAUUAUACCAGGAGGUGCUGCAGCAGAGGAUGGCAGACUCAGGGUCAAUGAUUGUAUCUUGCGGGUGAACGAGGUGGAUGUGUCAGAGGUUUCCCACAGUAAAGCGGUGGAGGCCCUCAAAGAGGCAGGGUCUAUUGUUCGGCUGUACGUGCGUAGGAGGCGACCCAUUCUGGAGACUGUUGUGGAAAUCAAACUGUUCAAGGGACCUAAAGGUUUAGGCUUCAGUAUUGCAGGAGGUGUGGGGAACCAGCACAUUCCUGGAGACAACAGCAUUUAUGUAACUAAAAUCAUAGAUGGAGGAGCUGCACAAAAGGAUGGGAGGUUGCAAGUAGGAGACAGACUACUCAUGGUAAACAACUACAGUUUAGAAGAAGUAACACAUGAAGAGGCAGUAGCAAUAUUGAAGAACACGUCAGAUGUAGUUUAUCUAAAAGUUGGCAAGCCCACCACCAUUUAUAUGACUGAUCCUUAUGGUCCACCUGAUAUUACUCACUCUUAUUCUCCACCGAUGGAAAACCAUCUACUUUCUGGCAACAAUGGCACUUUAGAAUAUAAAACCUCCCUGCCGCCCAUCUCUCCGGGAAGGUACUCACCAAUUCCAAAGCACAUGCUUAUUGAGGACGAUUACACCAGGCCUCCGGAACCCGUUUACAGCACUGUGAACAAACUGUGUGAUAAGCCUGCUUCUCCCAGGCACUAUUCCCCUGUUGAGUGUGACAAAAGCUUCCUUCUAUCAGCUCCCUACCCCCACUACCACCUAGGCCUGCUCCCUGACUCUGAGAUGACCAGUCAUUCCCAACACAGCACUGCAACCCGCCAGCCUUCGGUGACUCUCCAACGGGCCAUCUCACUGGAAGGGGAGCCCCGCAAGGUGGUGCUGCACAAAGGCUCCACUGGCCUGGGCUUCAACAUUGUGGGCGGGGAAGACGGAGAAGGUAUUUUUGUGUCCUUCAUUCUGGCCGGUGGACCAGCAGACCUGAGUGGAGAGCUCCAGAGAGGAGACCAGAUCCUAUCCGUGAAUGGCAUUGACCUCCGGGGAGCAUCCCACGAACAGGCUGCUGCUGCACUGAAGGGGGCUGGACAGACAGUGACGAUCAUAGCACAAUACCAACCUGAAGAUUACGCUCGAUUUGAGGCCAAAAUCCAUGACCUACGAGAGCAGAUGAUGAACCACAGCAUGAGCUCCGGGUCCGGGUCCCUGCGAACCAAUCAGAAACGCUCCCUCUAUGUCAGAGCCAUGUUUGACUAUGACAAGAGCAAGGACAGUGGGCUGCCAAGCCAAGGACUUAGUUUUAAAUACGGAGAUAUUCUCCAUGUUAUCAACGCCUCUGAUGAUGAGUGGUGGCAAGCCCGGAGAGUCACCCUGGAUGGAGACAGUGAGGAGAUGGGGGUCAUCCCCAGCAAACGGAGGGUGGAAAGAAAGGAACGUGCUCGAUUGAAGACUGUGAAGUUUAAUGCAAAACCUGGAGUGAUUGAUUCAAAAGGGUCAUUCAAUGACAAGCGUAAAAAGAGCUUCAUCUUUUCACGAAAAUUCCCAUUCUACAAGAACAAGGAGCAGAGUGAGCAGGAAACCAGUGAUCCUGAACGAGGGCAAGAAGACUUCAUUCUUUCUUACGAGCCUGUCUCAAGGCAGGAAAUAAACUACACUCGGCCAGUGAUUAUCCUGGGCCCCAUGAAGGAUCGGAUCAACGACGACUUGAUAUCUGAAUUCCCUGACAAAUUUGGCUCCUGUGUGCCUCAUACUACAAGGCCAAAGCGUGACUACGAGGUGGAUGGCAGAGACUAUCACUUUGUCAUUUCCAGAGAACAAAUGGAGAAGGAUAUCCAAGAGCACAAGUUUAUAGAAGCCGGCCAGUACAACGACAACUUGUAUGGAACCAGUGUGCAGUCUGUGAGAUUUGUAGCAGAAAGGGGCAAACACUGUAUACUUGACGUAUCAGGAAAUGCUAUCAAGAGGUUACAAGUUGCUCAGCUCUAUCCCAUUGCCAUCUUCAUUAAGCCCAAGUCUCUGGAACCUCUGAUGGAGAUGAACAAGCGUCUCACAGAGGAGCAGGCCAAGAAAACCUACGAUCGUGCAAUUAAGCUAGAACAAGAAUUUGGAGAGUAUUUUACGGCUAUUGUCCAAGGAGAUAGCUUAGAAGAUAUAUAUAACCAGUGCAAGCUUGUCAUUGAAGAGCAGUCUGGGCCUUUCAUCUGGAUCCCCUCGAAGGAAAAGUUAUAAAUUAGCUACUGCACCUCUGACAACGACAGAAGAGCAUUUAGAAGAACAAAAUAUAUAUAUAAUAUUACUACUUGGAGGCUUUUAUGUUUUUGUUGCAUUUAUGUUUUGCAGUCAAUGUGAAUUCUGAUGAAUGUACAACACAAACUGUGUGAAGCCAUGAAGGAAACAGAGGGGCCGAAGGGUGGGACAGAAAAGACACUGCGGUGUGCAGGAAGGCUUUGGUUUGCUCAAGGGGCCAGGCAUAGGGAUGAACCUCUGACGGGCUUGGUGCCCAAGCUGGGCAGCCUCCUCACCCAGCAGAUGUCCAGAGCCGACUUAGCUGCUGAGCUCUCUGUAUUUUUUUUUUUUUGCUUUAAAGAAAAGUUGCCAGCACUUGAACUUCACCAACCUUCCCAUUACCCACACCUGUAAUUGGUCCACUUUGACUUUUUAUAUGCACAUCCUUUGAUUUCUUAACGAGCAAAGGAAAGAACGAAGGAAAAAAAAAAAGAAAGGAGUCCCUUUGGAGACGGCAUAAUACCAGGGAAGGAUGUGCGUGUAGCUUCUUUGACUGGCACCUGCAAAGACGAGCAUUUCAUAGAACUCACGAGUGUAUGGAGGACUGACCCUACUGAGAAGAGGGGGUUCCACCUGGGUUAGCUUCAUGAUUGUUUAUUGUCUAUUUUGCCAUUUAUAAAGUGAAAGAAGGCACUAAAGAUGAGAAUAAUUUAUACAAUAAAAAUAUAUUAAAUGUAUAGAAACACAUUUCUAUAGGUUAAAAAAGUUUUGUGAAAUAUUUUGUAAAGACGAAUUAAUGGAAAGACGAACUGUAUGCACUACCUGCAGAUUAUCAAAUUCAAGAACUGAACAUUGCACUCUCCCUUCUGUUGCCAAUGAUCCACUAAGAGCAUCUGAGUUCCUUCCAAGUCUGACACAGACUUCUCCCCUACUCACCUCCCAUGACCUCCCUAUCCUAUUAGUGACAGACUCAUGGAGCACAUCCUUUAAUGAGUUGCCCUCAUGGAUAUUUUUUGGAAGACAUUUGGUUAAUGCAUUUUAAAGCUGAUGGCUUUCGGAGACAAACUCAUACCAACAAGCUAAAGGGAAGUUUUUGCUUUUCUCUUGAUAAACAACCUGGGCCUGCCAUGCAAAUAGUUGAAUAACUUUGUUCCUAGUUACUUACAUACAAUUCUUAAAGGAUCAUGUAGUAUUUUGGCCAAUCAUGAGUAAUUAGGACACUUGAAUUUGUCUGUUUCACAAGUAACAGGUUUUCUAACAGCCAGAGAUGCUAGAGUCAUAGAGAGAUCUGUCCCAAGAUGCACUAUUUCUUUGAGGAAGAGAGAGAGAACAUUAUCUGGUUGGGAUUGAGGGGUGCAGACUUUUUUCUGUAUACAGGGCAAAGAGAGAGAACAAUAAGGAAAGACAACUAAUGACUUAGAGGUCAACCAAUUAAACUGCCUUUCUUGAGGGCUGCACCUGGACCAAGUUUAUUUUUUAGCGAUUAUAAUAAUGAUUUUUUUUAAAAGAAAGGAACCUCCCAAAGCCUAUAUCCUACAUUAGAGCUGGUGGUGACAUUAGCUUUGCUUGUGCCCAAGGUGUUUAGAGAGAGACUUUUCUGUAAUCUCAAUAACCACUCAACUCUGGGUUCUAUGCAGGCCCAGACUCAGCCCCAUCGCCUUAUUCCUGGGGUACAUCCAGACCUGGCAGGAAUUCUGCCACACUGUGCAGCAAACCAGCAUGCAGGCUGGGGUGGGAAAGCAAGAGACAGAGCCAUCAGCGGUGGUGGGGCUUUUCACAGGAAGAACAUUAGAGCUCAGAAUGAGGGUCUCUUUCCAAAAGCAGGAGGUGUUCAUCUUACACUAACUACCACUCUCUGCCUGGCUGCAGUCACCAAAA